AUGGAAAAGUUCGACUCAGAUGUGGAAACGCUUCUUCCAGAUAGAGACAAUUCCACCGGUCGACGGCGAGAGGCAAUGAGACGCCCCAAAAAUCUAUAUGUAAUCAGCUUAAGUUUGUCCCUCGUCACCAUUAUUAUUUUCCAGGUUGUUAUCCUCUACGCGUCAUUUCGGAACACCAGUUUUGCUUCCCCUGCCGGAAAUGGUCUCUAUAAAGUCUGGAAAGGCUGCGGCACCAACGCCUCUGAGGCGCGCUCCCUCGGCUGCGUAUUCGAUGUAAUGAUGAACGCCUGGACACGUGAGGAGUGUUACAACAAGGGUUUGUCGGAAGAAUACUUGGCGGAGUGGAAUUUUCAAUUUUUCUACGACGUGGAAGGCACGCGCGAGAUACCACUAUCCGUCAUGAGAGAAGGAGAGCAUACUUAUAUGUAUUCGACUGAGUAUCAACACCGGGGGCAUUGUAUAUACACGUGGAAGAUGCAGGCGCUUGCGUUGGAGGCGCAGGGGCGAGGUGAGGUGAAGCAGUGUGAUGAUGAGACGUUCUCAUAUCAUCAUACGAUUCAUUGUGCGGACAUUCUGGCAAAUAGCCCCCGGGAACCGCCGUAUGCGAUGGGCUAUGGGGAUGUGAAGUUUUUGAGCUGUGGGCCGUAUUUAGAGUGA